UUGUACAUUUGACAGGCGAGUAGGUGGGUUUUAGAGAGAUCAGAAAAACGACAGCGCGAUAAAAAUUAGAAUUGUUGCACUUCACAAAUUAAUGAUCAUGAGCUCCUACUUGAUCAAUUCAAAUUACAUCGAACCUUCUUUUCCACCCUGCGAGGAAUAUCAGCAGAACGGCUACAUGCCCAUGCCCUCUGAUUAUUAUGAGCGGCCGAAAGACUCGGGCUUCCCCCAUCACGAGGAGGCAUCAUUCCCGCGAUCAAACUACCACGAGCCAAGCUAUGAUUACGGUAAUGUGGCAACUAACGGUCUCAACGAUUUCACCGACCGUCAGCACGCGCAACCUCAUACCGUUCCGCAGAAUCAUGGACCCCACCUCAGUACGGAGAGCUGUGCUAGUUCAACUACAAACAAGGAUUGCAGCCUUGAGACAGAUGCUCUUCCAGGCACACAGAAGGGUAAGGAGCCGGUGGUGUAUCCCUGGAUGAAAAAGGUCCAUGUUAAUACCGUGACCGCCAGCUACUCUGGAGGAGUGCCCAAGAGGUCUCGCACCGCCUACACGCGCCAGCAAGCUCUUGAGCUUGAGAAAGAGUUCCACUUUAACCGAUACCUGACUCGACGUCGACGAGUGGAGAUCGCACACACAAUGUGUCUUUCUGAGCGUCAGGUAAAAAUCUGGUUUCAGAACCGCCGUAUGAAGUGGAAAAAAGACCACAAGCUGCCAAAUACAAAGAUCCGCUCUUCGAGUUCUGCACCAUCCAACCAUCACGUGAAAAUGGACGCCACUCAGCAGCAGCAAACACUACUUCCUACGCCGUGUUCCUCGAACCUAUAGUUUUAGAACCACAUCGGCAAAAACGGAACUGAACAAGAAAGAAGAACACAAAGCCGUAUUGGGAUACUUCACAGGGUUACUUUUUAUUCAAUGUUCUAUGAGGCCACCUUCCCAACCUCCUCCACUUCCCAACCUCUCUAAUUUGAGCUGGACGCACCCUUACUGUAUAAUUAGAUGUUUUUUUCUAAUGGAACAAUAUAGUGUACUUUAACUUGGAAAAUGGAUUACGUUCUCUGUCUUUAACCGAGGUAUACCCAGUCUUGUGUGUGAAGAUCAACCCUGAUGUGUGUACAAAUCACUUUGACAUUUUAACAUGAAGGCACAAGUAUAUAGGAACAAUUUCCGAGGGUUAGUCAUCAUAUUUGUCUUAGUCCCGUAUUUUAGUGUAUUAUCUGUAUUUACGCCAUCAAAGCUGUGAAUAUUCGUGUAUUUGGUUAUUUGUAUAUUGGUGAAUGAUGUCAAUAUGUUUAAGUAAGCCUGUAUGUAAAGUAACUGUUACAGUGGAAAUAAUAAAUAUGAGUUUUAUUGUGUAUUAUCCCUGUAGGCUAAUCCAUGGAUUAGACUAAGGUGAUAGAGGGUUUUACCUUUACCGUAUUUUACAUUAUACUGUUUUAUUCCAACGUAUAUUCGCCUAUCCAUAAAAUGCUAUGUUUAUAUAAACCAGGCCUUUUCGACCGUUUGCAAUUCACGUAUGGAAUGGGAAAUUUACAGCAACUUUCCACUUUGGACCGCAAAAAAUUCAAAAAGCUAUUUAGGACAAAAGUUUACGUUUAGUUAUUUUAUUUCCAAGAAACUAUGACAUCAUAUGAAAAUAAAUACGUUUUACAAACGAAAAUACUUUGCCAGCAAACUUGUGACGUAUGUUUACGUUAUUAUUUUUUGCAGGAAUUUAUUAAUUUUGAACCAUGUAAUGGAGUAGGCUAGGCCUUCAAUAUAAAAUUCAACGGGGUGAGUGAUUAAUCUUCACAAGAUACAAUGUCGUUAUUUUUUCAGAGGUAUUGGCUAUAUCUAAAUAUCUGUCUGUUAUAAUCUGAAAAAAUAUAUAACUGUUUGAACUACAACCAAAGCUGAAAGCUAAUAAAUCUAAACGACACUUUGAAAUAUUAGU